AUGACGCUGACAGCGUUUUUGUACUCCGUGGACAUACAUAGACAAACAGUAGCAGCGGAGAGUGGCGCCUCCUAUUGCCCUACCUUUGAGAGCACGUAUGGCAUGUGUAUCUCGCCGACUGACACCACGGCAGACUAUGAGACGGCCAAAGCGAGCUGCGAGAACCUCUGCAGCACCUUGAUGUUCAUCAAGGAGAGUUCCAAUCAUUUCACGUUGAUGUUUUAUCUUGCGGCGAAUGGCGUGACGGACUCGUUAUGGUUGGGACUAAGUUACAAUGACUCAAGAGGAUCGACGUCCGAUUUCAGUGAAUUCCGGUGGAGUGACGGAGAAUACGUUAACUUUACGGUGACAGACGGCAAUCCUGGCGACGUAGUCGGCACGUGUCAGGGAGUGGCCUUGACCCCCAGUGGGUUUGGAUCGUGGACCCGGCAGGGCUGUGAAACACUUUCCAGAUAUGUGUGUCAGAGGACUCUCGGAAAUCCUCCAGAUACCGUAUGUUCGCACCCGACCGCCAUAUCUGGAGGGUACUCAACUCCGACGUACGGACUGUGCUCAACAGGCACCAACUGUUGUUCUGUGAACACCACCGUUGUCUUCAACUGUGACCCCGGCUAUUACGUGUCCGGUCCAACGUCCGUGUACUGCGCUUCCAGCGGACUGUUGUCCACGACAGUAACCUCUACGUGUUUACCUUUACCUUGUCCCAGCAUCAGCAUCCCGGUCGAAAACCACGUGACAGUGACGUCAACUUCCGGUAGCAUGACGGACACAGUGACGUACAUCUGUCAAAAUGGUUACGAAAUGGCGGACUCCAGCACGACUUUAUCAAACCUGUGUACCUGGAACUACACUCAAGAGGCUAUGGCGUGGACUGUGGAACCACCAGUAUGCUAUGGGUUACCAUGCCCCGAUUUGACCAUCGACCAUGCCGGAAACUACAACUGCACGGGCAUCAACGGAACUAUGGGAGAUAUGGUCACGUGUACGUGUUACCCUGGUUACGCAUACGGAAGCGGAAGUAACACCCUCGUGUUGACGUGCACUUGGGUGGUGAGCAGUACAGGGUGGUCUACCUCACUGACGUCAUGUGCAGCCCAGCCGUGUCCACCGCUGAUCAACCUAAUCACGGCUGACCAUCACGUCCAGAUCCCGGAUAGCAGUACAGUGACCGUCGGUCAGUCUGCCUUUGUGUUCUGUGAAGGCGGCUACGCUCUGAACGGGGAGACGACCCAAAACAUAACGUGCAGUGCUAGUGGUGCCACGUCCGCAGAUUGGGUUGGUUCUUUAACGCCUUGUGUGGCCCUACCUUGUCCGGCAAUAGAACUAACGCCAGAGAACCACCUGGUGAUGGCAAACCUUUCCGGCUCCAUGGGGGACAGAAUCACGUUUGAGUGCGAGACCAAUUACACGUUGCCGGGAUUUGUGAACACGAUGGUCGCCGACUGCAUUUGGGAUGGGCUUUCCACCGCGUGGUCUCAGCCGGUGCCCUCGUGCAUAGCCAUAUGCGCAUCGCCCACAAUUCCAGCGGAGAACCACGUCACCGGAAAUGUUUCGGUCGCCAUUGUUGGAGACCGGAUCCUGUACGUGUGCGAGUCUGGAUACGCCGUUCAGUCCGGUGACCUCUAUUUGACCUCUGUGUCCGUGGGGUGCGUCAGUGAUGUUCAUGUUGGUGCUGUUUGGGAAACAAAUCCUCCAGUGUGCAUAGGUCUACCGUGUCCUCCAGUCAUCGUCACGGAAUGGACCCACGCCCAGGUGACGGGCAACUUGACUGCGUCUAGGGUUGGUGACAAGGUGGACGUCGCUUGUAAGCCUGGGUACAGUGUGGAUGACAGUGUCACCACCAACUACUCCAUAGCAUGUAUCAUUAAUGAUGCACAGUCCGGGCAGUGGGGCCAGCCCCUUGCUAACUGCACCCCAACUCCUUGUCCAUCUGUAUUAGCUAUGAGCGCAAAUGGCGUGGAGUUUAACAACUCUGCUGCCGCGUUCGGUGACGUUGUUAAUUUCACGUGCACCCCUGGUUACGUGCAUGAAGACCCCGCUGUGACGUCCGUGGUUGUCGGCUGCGUGUUACAAAAUGGAAGCAGCACACCUUUGUGGGAGGUGGACCCCCCUCCAUGUUACGGUUUACCGUGUCCAAAUAUGACGUUUCCUAAUGACGUCAGACAGGCGGGGACGUCAAACGUUACUUCAAACGUCACGAGCGGGCCACAGUGGAUAGCGGACGGUCGUGUUGGAGACACGUACACGUUUCACUGCGUGGAGAACAUAGUAUUCCCCGACGGCUCCUCUGAGUUCACCGUGGCGUGUGUGUGGCAGGGGAAUGAGACGGGCUGGAACAGGGAGGUCCCUUCAUGUAGGGAGACCAACCUGUUGGACUCACUGAAUAUCUCCGCUCUGACAAGUCCCUCGGCCAUAGCGGACGCUUUGAACGGCACGCUGGGCUCUAUGUCAGCGGAUUCGUCAAACGGGACCACGAACACGGAACAACUGAAAGAGUUACGUGAUGUCCUAAUGAACAGCCUGUCCAGUGUACUGGACACUGUCAGUGACGAGGCUGGACUGGUCAGUGUGGCCAACUUGAUGUCCACGGUGACCGAUACCACCCCUGACCAGCUCAGUGACAACGCCAUGGACCAAGCGGCCAAUAUGUCCACUGCGUUGUUGGGACACGUGGCUUCAGCAAACCUGUCCACUACCGCUGUGACGUCAUUGCUGACGUGUGUAACUCGUUAA